AAAUCAAGCCUAAAAUUCACUUCAAAUAACCUUUAGCCUUCACAACUUCUUUUCCUCUUAUUAAAAGCUAUAAACUACUCAUUAAUUCUUGAAGUUGUUUCAAAUGGAUAUGGUGAUGAAGUUGGGAGCAACAAACGCGGUGGUGAUUUUCACCAAGAGUAGUUGUUGCAUUUCUCACAGCAUCGAAACCCUAAUUCGUAGUUUUGGAGCAAACCCUACAAUUUACGAGCUCGAUACACAUCCAAAUGGGAAGCAAAUGGAGAAGGCAUUGAUUGAAUUAGGGUGUCAGCCAAGUGCAUUGAUGGAACUAGGGUGUCAUCCAAGUGUGCCAGCAAUAUUUAUAGGGAAAGAGUUAGUUGGUGGAGCAAAUGAGAUAAUGAGCCUUAAUGUGAGGGGAAAACUUAAACAAUUGCUUAUUAGGGCUAAUGCCAUUUGGGUGUAAAAAUUGAUUAAUAAUGACUAGCUAUGUAUAUAGCAAUUAGUCUAAAUGUUUUGAUGAUAAAUUUACCACUUAAAUAGAGAGUA